GUUUUACCCUCCAAAACCAGUGGAGAAUCCAGAAGUGCCCUGCAACAUGACCCUGGUGGGUGUGUCCCGUGUCGUUCCCAGUGGGAAAGUCUACAGGCAAAUCUUUGACGAUGAGAUAAACCUCGUGCGCACUCUCGGGGAGGCGAGAAGCAAGAUAGCAAAGCAUAAAGUCCCGCAGAUUCCAGGAAGGAUCCCGUUGGUGAGGGACGAGGAAACAUGUACAGGCAACGGGUUUUUAUCGCAGCGUCAGCGGAUGUGGGUGGAGGGGAUGCCCAACGAUGACCACACUGAAAAUCCAGUCCAAUACAAGGAGGCUGCAACACAGGCCUUUCUAAAGGCUCAAGAAAGUGACGGUGUGCUUGCUGCCCGAGAAGUCAGGGGCCUCGCUGAAAUCAUCAUUCCUGAGAAGAAAAACAGCAACAUCAUUGACCGUAUUACGGAGAGCAAAAAGUGCCGUUACGAAGAAACGGCCACAACGCUAAGGCAGGAGUUGGCACAAAUCGGGAAGGAAAUGGAGCGGUGCUUUCUGGAUCCCGGGAAGUUGUUUCUAGCCAAGCUGUCUGAAUCCGAUCAAACCAUUGAGUUCCUUUUCCAGUCGGCUGAACGCGACAUCAAUCUCGAUACCUACACCAUACACCACUUUGAGGAAAUCUGGGACCUCGUCUUCCAAGAGACCCUAAAAAGGAGGCAGUGGAUUAGAGACCUAGACGAAGCCUUACGCAAGGCGGAGGUGGAUCGAACCGAACGGAUCAAAGCCGUGUUUGCCAAAUACACCAAGAUUUUGGAAGACAUUGCCUAUAUCUUAUCCUCCGACGUCCACAGAUUCAUGCACAAAGAAGCCAUGAUGAUAAACCAGGCCCUCCUGGCCAACCGGAGAGCCAUAGCCAGGUUGUUCGUUAAUCUGAUGGAGGCGGACCUGAAGAGGGAAAUCUGUCAUCGGGGCAAACUCGAGGCGAAAAUAAAGAUCUGGAAGGCUGUGCAGAAGGAGCAUAUCAAUUCCAAUUUCAGAGAGUUCAUGGAAAGUGAACGGAUACAGAACCCGAGCGCGGUGAACACGGAACUGGAGAACAUGCUGGCAGACCAGUUAUCGCUCACCAAAAAGAGGACGGUGCUUUUGUACACUCUGGGCAAUUUGUUGCCUCCGACACAUUCCAAGGCCGAAGUAAACGAAUGGUAUGACUCCAUCAUGAACUUAAAUAAAUGUAUAGAUACCCGCAAUGUGCAGUACAUGAUGAGAAUUCGUAUCCAGUAUGAGAAAGUUUGCCAGGAGUGUUUGUCGAAAGUACAGGAGUGCAAGCAAAAGCUGUUGGAUCUGAAAAUUUGCACAGAAAAAGAAGCUGAGAACAUUGUGAAUCCCAAUUUCUUCCAGUUAGUUGGGAAGCUGCAGAGUCGGUUUGAAUAUGAGGUGGAAAAGAUGGAUACUGACUUGGAGCAGCUGGCCAAACACACAGAGAUCAACUGCCGGCACCUCUACCAGUACUUCCAGGAUGCUCUGGUCCUCUUGGGCGCUCACCAGCAGGGCCUCUCUCACCAGGAGAAUGAGCUUCACAAUAAAUUGAACGAUUGCCGGAACAAGCACGAACACCUGAACAAGUUAAGGGAAGUUCACCUGGAUAUAUCCGUUGACAAACUGAGGGUCCAAAGCACCGAUGAAAAGCUGAAAUCCCAGCUGGAGAAGGUUUACGCGGCUUUGGACUUCAUCCGAGCUGGGUAUGCCGUCUUCCAUCAAGACCUCUUGUCCAAAGUAACAGCUUACCCAGACCAUAUUUUGCGUGAACUGAAUUCUUACAGUGCCUCCCUCAGCCGCUAUUUUUCCGUGAAGGACAUCUAUAAAGGCAGUCCAUUAAAGAAAGCAGAGGAUAUGGUUGAAGAGGAAGAAACAGCCGAGGAUGCACAAGAGGCCGAAGGUGCGGAGGAGGACUGGGAGGGCGCUUCCGAGCAUGAAGAUGAAGCAGAGGAUCAAGAGGAGGAGGAAUCCGACCAGGCAGAGAAAGUGGGAGAAGCCGAGAGCUCUGCUCCAGAAAGUGACGGAACCGGCAUCACUGGAGAUGGGACAAGUUUUGUCCUAGAAAGUGAUGACGUAGAGAAAUCCAAGGAAGGGAGCACUCCUGUGCAGGAAGCUGGAGAAAUCCACGAGGCGGAGGAUGCCGCAGAACCAGCGUCGGCGAAGUGCUCUGCCACAUGCUCAGGGCCAAGAGAAGUGGAGUUCUUCACCACGUCCAGCGGCAGCAUCUACAGGCUGAAGCAAAAUGCAAAGAAGUCCAAGGUCAAGAUGUCAGAGAAAUACUACCCUGGGAAAGUGAAAAGCGACGACCUGCCUUCCUACCUGGAGCAGGUGUACCUCUCGGAAAAUUUCUUUACGGAUGCGAGAAGAGAAAUUCGGCUGCAGUUCUUUGAGCACCUGGAGAAGUGGUUUGCCCAGCACAAGUCCAGCGCCUGUGCCGUCGUGGCCGCCAAGAAGGAGGAGCUCAGCUCGGAGCUGCAGCUGCGCAUUCACCUGCACGAGCCGAGGCGGGAGCGGAUCGAGAAGGCCGUCUACUGCAUCAGGAUGGCGGAACUGCGGCUGCACAACGAGCGCCUGGCGCGCCACUGCGCCGGCAUGGUGGAGGCUCUCAACGCCGAGAGAGCCGCCUUCUUCAAGCUGCGUGACGACCAGAACGACGUCAGCCAAACCUUCCGGCUCCGAAUCCAGGACAUGGAGAACAUGUUCCUGACGGAGAGCAGGGCGGAGAAAUUGGUGACUCUCAGCAACAACCUGCACUUGGAGCUGAUCAGCCACAUGGAAGUGAUGCAGCUUUCCUUGCGGAGUUACCGCCAGUACUUGGAAGAAGCGCUGGGGAAACUGCGGGACUCGAACACCGACUUCCUCAGAGCGUGCAGUUUAUUUGCGGACGGAGGUAAUUUUUCUCCGGAGGAACUGGACGUCUUUACGAAAUGCCUGCACAAGGAGAACGGCCGCAUCGAGUUUGUGGAAGGUUUGAUCAUGAUCGACAUGGAGAAAAUGGAGGCCAAUUAUCUAGAGCAGGCCACAGAGGUGAUCAACAAGUUUGAAAACAGGUUUCGGUUUCUGGCAAUGGAUCGUGUUUUCAUGGAGAAAAUCCAACGGUUUCUGACAAACCUGCAAGUGAAAAUCAAGUCAGAGGUGGCAAAAUCGAAUUUGCAAACCCAGACAUUAAACUCCCACUUGAAGAAGCUCAUGGGGCGUAUUGACGCUUGUGCCCAUCCCAACGUGGAUAAGGAAUCCAUAACUCCAGAAGCACUCUAUGAGUUCGCCAAGUUUGUGAUGGAAGAAUUGAAGAAGCGAAGCAAAUAUCUCAGUUGCCUGCUGGUGGGCCCCCCCCCCCCCCCCCCCGCAUAGGAAGCUGUGAGUUCUUCUAUCCACACUCACAUGGUCCAGGGCUCCCUCGCAGCCUCUGUGCAGUCUGACAGUUUGCUGGAGAGCAAGGUUAUUGUGAUGGGCACGGAGUGCACACCCCUGAUGAAUCCAUGCAAGAUGGGGAAGCCGUUCUUUGACGAUGUGGCGAUCAGCAUGAUCAAGCAACUCGCUGGAUUUCAGCGCACCAGAAGAAUGACAGAGGCACAGAUUGAAAGAGGACGCUUGAUGUCAGUUGGAGGAGAAGGAGGAGCGUCUCAUCCAGUUCAGACGUCGCCCGGUGGGCGUGUCCACGCGGAUAGCGUCCCGGGCAGUCCAAACGUCAAUCCCUCCCCUGUGAAAGGAACUAGUUCCGUUAGCAAACGGGUGUCAAGAAGCGUCAGCUUGAUCCAGAAAUAUGCCAAGCAGACGCGGGUGGAGAAGAAGUUGCUGAUCUUUGGGGACAAGCCGAAAGAAAAUGACAACGACCAUUUUAAAGGGAUUAUAUUCGGCAUCGUGUGGGACAACUUUGAUUCUCUGAUGGCCAUCGCUGAGGAAUUUUACAGAAAAGAUAAGCAUCAAAUCACUCGGCCGGAAUACCUGCAAGAAACCUACGACCAGUGUAUUGACGUGAUGGGCCAGAAACUUCAGCAAUAUCUGCUCCAAACAGACGAGUACCACGUUGCCUGCAUUUCUGAGUUCCGGGAUCAGCUGAAGAAAUUUGAGGAGCAGCUCCCACACAUCCCCCAGCUGCUUAUGGGCAAACACCUGAAAGAUCACGAGCAGCUUCUCACGGAUUCUACGGAGCAAAUCCGGCACUAUCUACAAGACCAGCUGCAGAAAUGGGACGUUGCAAAGGACAAGAACAAGGCGAAACUGUGCCCGAGCCUGGGCCACCCUCACAACUUACCCCAGCUGGAGGCUUUGUGCCAAGAGGAGAUCGAAAGGCAGAACGAUCAAGCCAAGGGGAUCCUUCUCUGCACCAAGAAGCUGGAGAGCUGCGUCAUUGAGUGCACCCAGAAAUUUGUCUCCACCCUGGCCGCCUCCACUGAGAAGAUCCUCACGGAGCUGGACGACUGCCUGACCGUUGAUGACGUGCAACAAGGAACCAUUGAGCACACCAGAGAGAAGACCAGCACUCUGAUCCGCCGUAAAAAGGCGGGCCUCUCCUUAGAAGCGAAAGAAAGCAAGCUGGUGGCAGAGCGGGGCAGCAGGACCUGGCCUGGACUCCAAAGGACCACGUUGGUUGCUCUCCCGAAUCAGAUUAUCUGCCGAGAAACUGCUUCCGUAACGACGGCCAAAACCACCCUGGGGCACGUGGCCAUAGUGGAAGAGAGAGACGAGGUUUAUCUGAAAUUCAAGCAAGUCCUCGAGGCAGAGUUCACCAGGAGCUCAGCACUGGGCGAACUGGUGGAAGAAGUCUGUGGAGAUUAUCAAGCAGCUGUAUGCAUGAACCCACCCCCCACCUUCUGUUUACACAGUCCCAACUCAGCCCCUUUGUAG